AUUUGGAGACACUCUACCUUUCUUUCUUUCUUCAUCUUCUAAGUUUAACUUGCAGAGAGCGUUAAUGGCUAUUCCACUUAUCACCAUUUUCUUCAUUUCUCAAUAAUCUCACUUUUAAGUUCUUUCCCAAUUACUAUUAACACAAAUAUUCAAGAAAAAUCUCAACUUUUUUGUUGAAUACUUGUAAUAAGCAGAAAUGGAUUUUGUGUACAAGAACCCAUCAGCUCUUAUUGAGGAAAGAGUAAAAGAUUUGUUAUCUCGGAUGACACUUGAAGAAAAAAUAGGCCAAAUGACUCAGAUCGAACGCAGUGUUGCCACUCCCUCUGUCAUUACUGACCUUUCUAUAGGGAGUAUACUCAGUGUUGGAGGCAGUGCACCAUUUGAGGAUGCCCCAUCGGAAGCUUGGGCAUAUAUGGUUGACGGAUUUCAAAAGGCUGCGCUGGAAUCACGGCUUGGGAUUCCGCUUCUUUAUGGAGUUGACGCUAUUCAUGGCAAUAACAAUGUUUAUGGUGCUACCAUUUUUCCACAAAAUGUGGGCCUUGGAGCCACCAGAGAUGCAGAUUUGGUUCAGAAGAUUGGGAUUGUGACUGCUCUUGAAGUCAGGGCUUGUGGCAUUAACUAUACUUUUGCUCCCUGUGUUGCUGUAUGUAGAGAUCCCAGGUGGGGAAGAUGCUAUGAGAGUUAUGGAGAAGACACCGAACUUAUUAGGAAGAUGACCUCAAUUGUCACAGGCUUGCAAGGGCAACCACCUCCUGGAUACCCCCAAAACUAUCCUUUUCUAGCUGGAAGAGACAAGGUUGUUGCCUGUGCAAAGCACUUUGUUGGAGAUGGGGGUACUGACCGAGGUAUAAAUGAGGGAAAUACCAUAUCAUCGUAUGAUGAUCUAGAGAGAAUACAUAUUGCCCCUUAUAUUGACUGUAUUUCUCAGGGAGUUUGCACAGUAAUGGCAUCCUACUCUAAAUGGAAUGGAAGCCACCUGCAUUCUAGCCACUUCCUUCUUACUGAAGUUUUGAAAGGGAAGCUCGGAUUUAAGGGCUUUGUUAUUUCUGAUUCCGAAGGACUUGACCGAUUUUUCCAUCCUCAUGGAUCUAACUAUGACCAAAGUAUUUUGGCAGCAGUCAAUGCAGGGAUUGACAUGGUGAUGGUUCCUUUUCGGUAUCAAUUAUUUCUCGAUCAUUUGAAAUAUCUUGUGGAAUCUGGGGAGAUUCCAAUGACCAGAAUUGAUGAUGCUGUUGAAAGGAUCCUGAGAGUUAAGUUUGUUUCCGGAGCUUUUGAGAACCCUUUGAGUGAUAGGUCAUUGUUGGAUACUGUUGGUUGUAAUCAACAUCACGAAUUAGCACGUGAAGCAGUUCGCAAAUCACUGGUUCUUCUAAAGAAUGGAAAGGAUGUAACAAAACCAUUUCUUCCGCUAGAUAGGAAGGCAAAGAGAAUUCUUGUAGCAGGAAAACAUGCUGACGAUCUUGGAUUUCAAUGCGGAGGGUGGACUAAAACAUGGGAAGGAAUGGGCGGAAGAAUCACAAUUGGUACAACUAUUCUGGAAGCUAUUAAAGAUGCUGUUGGAGGGGAAACAGAACUGGUAUAUGAGGAAAAUCCGUCAGCAGACACCUUUGCGAGUCAAGACUUCUCUUAUUCAAUUGUAGUUGUUGGUGAACCUCCCUAUUGUGAAAGCGGUGGAGACAGCCAAGACCUCAGAAUUCCUCUUGGCGGAGAAGAACUAAUAAGCUUGGUUGCAGACAGAGUUCCAACGUUGGUGAUAUUGAUCUCCGGAAGGCCUUUAUAUAUAGAGCCUUCGAUUCUGGAGAAAAUGGACGCCUUCGUUGCUGCUUGGUUGCCGGGCACUGAAGGAACUGGUAUCACUGAUGUCAUUUUCGGAGAUUUUGAAUUCCAUGGAAGGCUCCCUAUGACAUGGUUUAAAAGUGUAGAUCAAUUACCCCUGCAUCAGGAACAGAACUCCUAUGAACCUCUCUUUCCAUUCGGCUACGGAUUAACUAGUAAAAACAAGGUGCUCUAGAUGAGAUGUGUCGAAGAGAGGUUUAGUGAAAUAGACAUGUCUAUGAAGAUGCGGACUAUCAGAAAGACUCUAUAAAGCUUCACUGUUCCCUGGGAUUGGCUUUAUGCAACCUCUUGUGUACUUGUACCAUUUGGUCUCUGGCAUAUGAUGUUACAGUAAGUCCAAAUAAUUAUUAUGUACUAUUAUUACC